CAACUUUUUAUAAUCACAUGGAGAAUGGAGAUUUCUGAUUUCAUAAUUGCUGUGUGAAAAUAUGAACUUUCAGACUUCAGUGCAUCAUGCUAACUUCCUAGUAACUUCCACAACAACGAUACCAGGAAUUAAAUACACGAUUCGCAGAGAAAUGAAGCUCCCAGUUCAGAUUAACCCAACGAAAAUUCAUCAUCAAACUGAAAGAAAAAACAAACAUCCCGAUUACGGACUUGCACAAAUUACCUGCAAUGAAUAAACUUUCAAAUCUAAGAAAAGUAAAUGAAUACGUGGUAGUGAAUUAACUACACAGAACGAUCGAAUUGACCCUAGAGUUGAUAGCUAUAAAAUAGUUCGAUUGAAUCAAAUAACGUAGAUGAAUUAAGAGAAGCGUUAACGUUGACUUCGCUUAAUUCCGAUUCACAGGUUGUUGAUAACGGAUAAAUGGAAAAUUUUCUCCAGAGAUGGGAAGAAAGAACCUACGCGAAAAUGAUUCAUUUACUUGAAAAUAAAUUCCUCGUGGUCACUCUCUACCAAUAAAAGUGUCGGUGGCUUCAAUCAAAGUUUAGUAAUUAGUGUGCAGCUUUUGAUCGUGUCACUGAAGGAAAAUUCUAACUCUCGCAGAAAUCAGAUCAAAACAGAAAUACUAGUAAACCCGAUCGCCGAAGAUGAUGAAACUGGAGAAGAACCUAAGGAAAAAUGGUUUCACUUUUUAAAGAAUGAAAAAUUAGUUUUGAAUCGGUUGUCACUUGAUGAAGAGCGGAUUUGUACGAAGAUUAUUCUCAGAUGAGUCUUCAUUGAAUUGACCAAUAGAGAUGUACUCAACUUGGAUGAGUCUGCAGAGAUCGAAGAAUAAGGAAAUACAGAAGAUUAUUUUCAAAAAAAUUGAGAACACAGAAAAAAAGCAGUUGGAUUGUAUUGUUUUACCUGUGCUUUAUCAUUCACUCAGCCACGUGCAAUAUUUCAUAUAUUUUCGAAGUUAGAAAUCUAAGUAAAGGAUAUCCCAAAUUAACGAAACUCUAUCCAGAUAAACUGCAUCUAUUGAACUCGAACGAAAAUAUGUUGACAGGCAACGCGUGGAAUUGUGAUAACGAAGGAGGCUCAGUAUUUCCAAGGUCGCCAUCCAACAUCCAUUGUUUUUCUUGCGUUUGUAAGAGUGGCCAAGUUGAAUGUAUACGUAACAAGUGCCCCCACGAAGAAGGAUGCUAUAUGCUGGAAGCUGAGAUGGCCGAUCCUCAAGGAUGCUGCAAGAAAUGUAAAGGAUGCUGGUACCAGGGAAAAUUUUACGAAAGUGGUACCGAAUGGACGGACGAGAGUGAUCCUUGUUUAACGAUGACCUGCAAAGCUGGCGUAGUCACUGAAUCAACCAUACAGUGUUAUACUCCUUGCCACAGUCCUGUGGCUCCGAGGAGAGGCGAAUGUUGUCCUAGCUGCUUAGGGUGUCGAAUAAAUGGACAGAAUUUUUCCUCGAAUAGAAGUCUUACGCUGUUGGAGGAUCCUUGUCUGAAAUGCUCGUGUCAUGCUGGAAAAAUGAAGUGCUCGAAGAAAGCGUGUCCUGUAUUGCAAUGCCCUCCGAGUAGUGUGGUCCAUAAAGUGGGCGAGUGUUGUCCUCGAUGUAAUGGUACCAGGAAAGUAUUCGACCCUCCGAGAGGAAACUGUUUGCUGGGCAAAUCGAUACGUUUAGCUGGAAAAACCGAAAGACAAGACGAUUGCACGUAUUGUUCUUGUGUAAAUUCUACGUCAAUUUGUCGUCGUGAAACUUGCCCUCCUAUCGACUGCCCUCCAGAAAAACAAAUAUACCCCAAUGAUGGUAAAUGCUGCCCUCGAUGUCCGUCCAGUUACGAGAAUAGAACCAUUUGUAACGUAGGCGAGAAAAUUUAUCAAGAUGGUGAAACGUGGCAAGCAAAUGAAUGCAAAUCGUGUAUGUGUAAUCGUGGCCAAAUCAAAUGUAUUGUCGAAGUAUGCUCGCAAUCGAUAAACAUGCCUUGUCCUCCAAAUAUGAAAUACCACAAAGAUCCAGGAGCUUGUUGUCCAAAAUGUGUGGAAGAAGACGCUGUUUGUACGGUGUUUGGUGAUCCGCAUUAUAAGACUUUCGACGGAAAGUUUUACAGCUUUCAAGGAUCUUGUAAAUAUCAACUUACCGGAGACUGUGUCGGACAAACGUUUAGUAUACGAGUUACCAACGAUGCCAGAGCCACGAAGACGUCGUCUUGGACUAGGACUAUAUCGAUUAGGAUGGGAAAAAUGAAAGUAAAUCUGGGAGAUAGAAUGCGAGUAAAAGUAAACGGCGAACGAGUAGCAGUUCCUUAUCGGCGAGAAAACUUUGCCACAGUGACUCGAACCUCGGAUAGCGUUUUAGUAGAAACGCAUCUUGGAGUCAAAGUCAUCUGGGACGGAAAUAGCUUUCUAGAGGUGUCAGUUCCAGCUUCCUAUAAAAAUAAACUAUGUGGAUUAUGCGGUAAUUAUAAUUCAUCACCUAGAGACGAUUUUACCACCAGAGACGGUCGUGUGGUAUUUGACCCACUGGUAUUCGCCAGCUCGUGGCAAGUUGGAGGCCGAAAAGCUUGCCAGAGAGCAGAAACUCGUCGAAGACUCGGAUGUCAUAACGCUCCUCAUAAAAAAAUGAGGGACAGAUUAUGCAAACCGAUCAGAAGUGAUACGUUUUCCGCCUGCCAUGAAAAGCUCAACGCUGAAGUGUAUUUCAAAUCGUGUCUGGAAGACAUGUGCGAAUGUCCUGGUAAAAAGUGCUAUUGCGAUUCGUUAACAGCUUAUGCUCACGAAUGCCAGCGUUUAGGCAUUUUACUGCCUGACUGGAGGAUGUUGACUGGUUGCUCGGUGAACGGUUCAAGGUUUUAUUAAGACGAUAUCAAAGUGUUUUACUCCUCGCAUUUAAAACUAGUCAGUGGAUCUUGUCUGUUGGUAUUUUAUUAUUUUAGAAGAAGAUUCCACAAAACAUUAUACAAAAGAAAAAAUGUGCUUAAACGUAUUAUUAACUUUGCCAUGUGUACCCAGAGUCCAGUGUUUUUAUUAUUUUUAAAGUUGUUAAGUUGUUUUUAUUAUUUUACUUUUUUGCAAUUUGUGAAGCAAAUAGACUUUACAGUAUUUUAAUUAUUUAUUCAGCAUUACUGCGUAAUAAGAGUUUUAUCGUGUAUUUCCCUCGUCCCUUUCCCUCCUAUAAUUUGAGAUUGAUUUCUCUCAUUGCUCUCUUUUCCAUCUGUUCCUAUAACUUUAUCUUUCUUUCUUCCUUGCUUCCUUCCUUCUUUCAUUUUUUUUUUUUUUUUACCUAUUUUCUCAUUUGAUUCUCGCUCUCUGUCUGUCAUGUUUUUUUUCUCUCUCUCUCUUUCUCUCUUUCUGUCUUUUUCUCACUAUUAUAGCUUUAUUUUUUUGUAAUUGUUAUUUUACGUUUUUAUACGGCCCUACAAAGUUCGUGCUAUAAGAUUAUUUAUUUAUUUAUUUAUUCGUUCUUAAUUUGUUCCUUUUCGUUGAUUGUGAUAUUAUGGAUUACAUUUAUUUUUAUUUAUUUUUUUUCUCUACUAAGUUUUAAGCUGUAUUAAAAUCUUUUUUAUUUGUAAUUGUUUUACCAGCCGAUUUACAAAAUCGGCAAGCUUAUACUUAGAGAUAAUUUGUUAUACAAAUUAGAGAAAAAACGAAAUGUGUAAAAUAAAAUCUCAGGAAUUUCAGCGAAAUUUUCUAUCAUUUUGAAAAAUAAUUUGAUGAUUUGAAAUAAAUUCCUUUUUCGUGGUU